CCUAACUCGGCCUGGAUGGAGAGAAAGGAGCUUGGAACAGGCAAAGGAGAAAGGGGCAUUUGCAAGUUACACCCUAUUUUAAAGGACAUAUUUGUAGCAGCUCCAGGUGUCCCAGGAGUGGUCCAGUUUAGGCCUCUUCUUUCAUCUCCUCCUGGCAGCACAAUGGCUUCUGAGACACCGUCUGUAGAAGGAGCAGAAAGAACUGCCAGGCAACCAUCCCAGGGCCUGAUGACCUUCCAGGCUCUCUUGACCUUCGAGGAGGUGGCUGUGUUUUUCACGGAAGAGGAGUGGGCCCUUCUGAAUCCCAGCCAAAGGGCUCUGCACAGGGAAGUCAUGGAGGGCAAUUAUGAGACGGUGGCCUCGCUUGAGUCAGACCUCAAUUCCUGUUGCAAAGGAGAUCUGUUGGGAAGGAGAAGAGAGACAUCAUCAGAUGAUGUACAAAACAACAAGCUACGUAGGGAACCACAUAUGGAGUCGUCGGCAGCAGCCAAGCCUGAAGUUGGAAAAGAGAUGCUUGGAAAUCACAAGGGACCCAGAAUGCCUGAAAAAAGAACAUACACUGUGAUGAAAUCAUUUACAUGUCUGGAGUGUGGAAAGAGCUUCAGCCUGAGCUGUAACCUUAUUACACAUCAGAAAACCCACGCAAGGGAGAAACCAUUUAAAUGCAGGGAGUGUGGAAAGUGCUUUAAUAGGAGGAGCAGCCUUUGCAGACAUUUGAGAACCCACACAGGAGAGAAACCAUUUGAAUGCAUGGAAUGCGGAAUGAAAUUUAGAGCAAACAGUAACCUUACUGAACAUCAAACAAUCCACACAGGGGAGAAACGAUAUCAGUGCAUGGAAUGUGGAAUGAGAUUUAGAGUGAGCAGUAAUCUUACUACACAUCAAAGGACGCACACCGGGGAGAAGCCAUUUAAAUGCAUGGAGUGCGGAAAGAGCUUUACACAGAGCAGUAAACUUACUGUACAUCAAAGAAAACACUCAGGGGAGAAGCCAUUUAAGUGUGUGGAGUGCGGAAAGAGCUUUACACAGAGCGGUAGCCUUACUAAACAUCAAAGAACCCACACACGGGAGAAAACGUUUGAAUGCAUAGAGUGUUGAGAGCACCUGAGUCUUGAGUAGUCACCCUAC